GGCAGCGCGGCAGGAGACUCGCAGCGCAGGCCCCGCGGCGGGAGGAGAGCGCGCCCAGGGAGACUCGGAGCCACGCCGGGCCCAAGGCGCGCCCCGCAUCCGGUGCAAUGGCUAGACCUGUUUGGCUUACAUCACAUGAACCAAGAUUACCCCAGACUACAUCUAAUUCUCCAGAUAGGGAAAGAUCGCUAAGGCUGGCUGUGCGUUAGGAGACAUCUUUGCAUGAGGAGAGGUUUGUUCUAUGGCCUCAGAGCUGGGUGCAGGAGAGGAUGGCAACUGCACAGAGCUGGCAACGCCCCUCUAUCUGCGAUAUCUGGAGAAAGCUCUUCGAUUGGAUAAUUUUUUACGACAGACAUCUGCAGUAUUCAACAGGAGCGUAUCCAGUGAUGAAAGUGAAGAUGGAUUGGAUGACAAUCCUCUGCUUCCUCAGCCUGGGGGUCCCUUGAUGCAGGUUAAAGAAGAACCUACAAGUUCCCUGCUUGGGGAAGGUUCUGGAGCAGGAGGAAGUUCUGGAAUAUUAAACACACAUUCUCUAAAUGGAGUGUUACAAUCUGAGCCAAAAACAGAAAAAGGGAGCUUAUAUAACUUUUCCAAAUUGAAGAAAAGCAGAAAAUGGCUAAAAAGCAUUCUAUUGAGUGAUGAUUCCAGUGACAGUGAAUCAGCAACUGAUGAGGAUGUGGAAGAGGGAGAGGAGUUUACUCUUUCUAGGGAAGAGCUUCACAAUAUGCUGCGAUUGCACAAGUACAAGAAAUCACAUCAAAGUAAAUAUAGCAAAGACAAAGAGUUACAGCAGUACCAGUAUUACAGCGCAGGUUUGCUUUCCACAUAUGAUCCUUACUAUGAACAACAGAGACAUCUCAUAGGACCCAAGAAAAAGAAGUUUAAAGAAGAAAAAAAAUUAAAGGCAAAAUUGAAAAAGGUGAAAAAAAAGAAGAGACGGGAUGAAGAAAUAUCCUCUGAGGAGUCUCCACGACGUCAUCACCAUCAAACCAAAGUUUUUGCCAAGUUCUCUCAUGAUACCCCACCUCCAGGGUCCAAGAAAAAGCAUUUAUCCAUUGAACAGUUGAAUGCUCGCCGCCGAAAAGUAUGGUUGAGCAUUGCUAAAAAGGAACUGCCAAAGGCAUACAAACAAAAAGUCUCUGCCCGAAACCUGUUCUUAAGCAACAGCAGAAAGCUGGCUCACCAGUGUAUGAGAGAGGUGCGUCGAGCAGCUAUCCAAGCCCAAAAGAAUUGCAAGGAGACGCUACCUAGGGCACGACGCCUUACAAAAGAGAUGCUUCUUUACUGGAAGAAAUAUGAGAAAGUGGAGAAAGAACAUCGCAAAAGAGCAGAGAAGGAGGCACUAGAGCAACGCAAAUUGGAUGAAGAGAUGAGAGAGGCUAAGAGACAGCAGAGAAAACUUAACUUCCUGAUCACGCAAACGGAGUUGUAUGCCCAUUUCAUGAGCCGCAAACGAGAUAUAGGACACGAUGGAAUCCAGGAGGAAAUCUUAAGAAAACUUGAAGACACUUCUAUCCAAAGGCAGAUUGAUAUUGGCGGUGGUGUUGUUGUCAACAUCACCCAAGAGGAUUAUGAUAGUAACUACUACAAGGGUCAGGCUCUGAAGAAUGCUGAAGAUGCCUUCCGGAUUCAUCAAGCCCAGACCAGAUCAUUUGAUGAAGAUGCUAAAGAGAGUCGGGCAGCAGCACUUCGUGCUGCCAACAAAUCUGGCACUGGCUUUGGAGAGAGCUACAGCCUUGCCAACCCAUCUAUCCGGGCAGGAGAAGACAUUCCACAGCCUACCAUUUUCAAUGGUAAACUAAAAGGUUACCAAUUGAAAGGCAUGAAUUGGUUAGCCAAUCUUUAUGAGCAGGGCAUUAAUGGAAUCCUGGCAGAUGAAAUGGGUCUGGGUAAAACAGUGCAAAGUAUUGCCUUGUUAGCACAUCUAGCUGAAAGAGAAAACAUUUGGGGACCGUUUUUAAUCAUUUCACCAGCUUCCACGCUAAAUAACUGGCAUCAGGAGUUUGCCAGAUUUGUUCCUAAGUUUAAGGUGCUACCUUACUGGGGAAAUCCACAUGACCGAAAAGUGAUCAGGAAAUUUUGGAGUCAGAAGACUUUGUAUACCCAAGAUGCCCCUUUUCAUGUUGUGAUCACCAGUUAUCAGCUUGUAGUCCAAGAUGUGAAGUAUUUUCAACGGGUUAAGUGGCAAUAUAUGGUGCUCGAUGAGGCACAAGCACUCAAGAGUAGCUCCAGCGUCCGUUGGAAAAUUUUACUCCAAUUCCAGUGCCGAAAUCGACUGCUUCUAACUGGAACACCCAUCCAAAAUACCAUGGCUGAGCUGUGGGCUUUGCUCCAUUUCAUUAUGCCGACAUUGUUUGACUCCCAUGAGGAAUUCAAUGAGUGGUUUUCUAAAGAUAUUGAAAGCCAUGCGGAGAAUAAAUCUGCAAUUGAUGAGAAUCAACUAUCUCGCUUGCACAUGAUCCUGAAACCUUUUAUGCUGAGGAGAAUCAAGAAGGAUGUGGAAAACGAGUUGUCAGACAAGAUUGAGAUUCUCAUGUAUUGCCCACAGACUAGUCGGCAAAAAUUGCUUUAUCAAGCUUUGAAGAACAAAAUUUCCAUUGAUGAUCUUUUACAAUCCUCCAUGGGGACCACCCAGCAAGCACAGAAUACUACUAGUAGCCUCAUGAAUCUAGUCAUGCAGUUCAGGAAGGUCUGCAAUCAUCCAGAACUCUUUGAACGACAAGAAACAUGGUCUCCAUUUCACAUUUCACUAAAGCCAUACCAGAUUUCAAAAUUUCUUUACCGUAAUGGGCAGAUCAGGGUAUAUAACCACUCACGCGACAGGUGGUUGCAAUUUUUACUUUCUCCUUUUGCACCGGACCACAUCCAGAAAUCUCUCUUCCAUAGGAAGGGUAAUGAGAAAGAGAGUUGUUUCUCUUUCCUGAGGUUUAUUGAUGUUUCUCCAUCAGAGAUGGCAAGCCUUAUGCAUAAGGGCCAUUUGGCCAGAUGGUUAGCUCUUUUCCUGUCUCUGAAAGCCACCUACAGGCUCCACCAUGUUCGCUUUUGGAGAGAGUUGGAAGAAGAAGACCAGCAUAAGUCUCCAUGUCUGAAGAACAAAGAUUUCUUGCUGGAUGUCAAUUUUCCACUCUCCCCUCAGAACUUGCACAGCUGCACUUUGCUGCAAAACCUUGUAUUCACAAGCCACUGUAAAGCAGUAAUUGGCUACUCUGAUUACAUCAUUCAUCAACGAUCAGCUACCUCAUGGAAACAGUGUUGUCAAAUCACAGAGUUGCCAUCCUUCCUGUCUGUAGUGAGUCCAAGGGUAACAGCUGUGCCACUAGACUUUUACUGCAAUGAUCAAAGUGCAGAGCAUGAGCGAAAAGCACUUAAAGAAGGAGGAAAUGUUGAAGCAAAGCAGUGUGUAUUACAUGGUGCACCAGAACUUGCAGUUGGCUGGCUGAGAAGAUGCUCUCAUUUGUUUCCUGAGCAUCCAGGAGGACUGCUGGGAAUCAGACCUCCAAAUGGCUGGUCUUUCAUCAGGAUACCAGACAAAGAAAGUCUCAUCACAGAUAGUGGAAAGCUUUAUGCCCUAGAUGUUCUGUUGACAAGAUUGAAAUCUCAAGGACACAGAGUCCUUAUCUACUCUCAGAUGACACGGAUGAUUGACUUGUUGGAGGAAUAUAUGGUUUACAGGAAGCAUACUUAUAUGAGGCUGGAUGGUUCAUCAAAAAUUUCUGAAAGAAGGGAUAUGGUAGCUGACUUUCAGAACAGGAAUGAUAUCUUUGUCUUCUUGUUAAGCACAAGAGCGGGUGGAUUGGGCAUUAAUCUUACAGCUGCUGAUACAGUAAUUUUCUACGAUAGUGACUGGAAUCCAACAGUGGAUCAGCAGGCCAUGGACAGAGCACACAGGCUGGGUCAGACAAAACAAGUGACUGUAUACCGACUGAUCUGUAAAGGCACCAUUGAGGAACGCAUUUUGCAGCGGGCUAAGGAGAAAAGUGAGAUCCAAAGGAUGGUGAUUUCUGGUGGCAAUUUCAAACCGGACACCUUGAAGCCCAAGGAAGUGGUUAGUCUGCUUCUGGAUGAUGAAGAACUUGAGAAAAAAUUGCGUCAGCGUCAGGAGGAGAAACGGCAGCAGGAGGAGACAAAUCGUGUGAAAGAACGUAAACGAAAAAGGGAGAAGUAUGCUGAAAAGAAAAAGAAGGAAGAUGAAUUAGAUGGAAGGAAAAGGAAAGAAGGCACGAAUCUGGUGAUCCCUUUCCUUCCAUCUGCAGAUAACUCCAACCUCUCUGCAGAUGGUGAUGAAUCAUUUGUCAGUGUAGAUUCUGCCAUGCCUAGCCCUUUUAGUGAGAUUUCCAUCAACAGUGAGUUGCACAUGGGAUCCAUUCCACCUGAUGAAAGCAGCAAUGACAUGCUGGUGAUUGUAGAUGAUCCAGCAUCUUCAGCACCUCAAUCAAGAGCUACCAAUUCCCCCGCUUCCAUCACAGGCUCAGUGUCUGACAACAUGAAUGGAAUUUCAAUACAAGAUAUGCCUGUCACAGCACGAGGUCAUUCAGGUAGAAGCCGAGGUCGGCCCAAAGGUUCAAACGGUGCAUCAAAAAGCACAGGGAAGGGUCGGAGCCGAAAAUCUACAGCAGGAAGUGCAGCUGCCAUGGCAGGUGCUAAAGCAGGAGCAGCCGCCGCCUCUGCAGCAGCAUAUGCAGCAUAUGGAUACAAUGUGUCCAAAGGUAUGUCUUCAGGCAGCCCUCUCCAGACUCCAGUUAUUCGGCAUGCUGGACUUACAGAUUUUGUACCAUCAAGCACCUCUUCUCCCUUGAGCAAAGGAAACAGUGUUUGUGGUUCCUCAAAAACCUUAAACCUGACAAGUUCUUUGGUGCCAGAAGCCCCAAUUCGAAAACAAUAUAAAGGAGCCCACACCUCAGGUGGGCGAUAGUAAUUCUGAAUCCCUGGAACCUGUGUGUGUUCAUAUCAGCUUCCUGAGCAGCCUACACUUACCAGCACAAGGAUAUACAGAUGAUGCCUUGUUUCCAUCCCUUAUGUGGGUGUGAAGAGAAGCUUUUCUGCACUACUGAGGCAAGAGGUGUCUUGUGUGCACUUUCAUGCAUAGCCCAGAUUUACUACCUUUGCAGAUUUGUGAGGAGAAGCAACAGAGAUCUGGGAUGCAUGAACUUAACUUUUGCAUUGAGUUUUUUCUGGCAUCCUACAAAUCAUGCAGGAAGAAGAUCCAGCGUCUGUGUAAGAUUGGCUACAAGAUCUCCUUUUGUUCAUACCUGCACCAGCACCCACUCUCUUUGACUUUUCAGGUUUCGUGUGGAAUUCAAUUCCAUGCUUAUAAUGAGAUCAGCAUCUUACCUUUGUAGGUCCCCAGCAGAUUUGGAGGAGCCUUUUGGUCAGUGCCCCUUUUUGAGGGAGCUGUGGAAACAUAACUUGUUGGUUCUAAUAUGUAUGAAUGGUGGGAUACCAUGAAGAAUAGAUUUAAGGGGAAAGAGAGAGGAGUCUUGCACUGUGCCCUAGGAAGACUUGUUGUUACUAUCAUGCUUCUGAACUACCAAAGUACUGCUUGUUUGGUUGGUUAAACAAAAGUAGGACAGAUCUGGGCUUUCAGAAUUGCAUUGCUAUCUCUGCAUCAUUGUAUGAAAGUUUAACAUCACAGUACCAAGUUCUGUUGCAUUUACUAUCAUAGCACUGGGUUUUAAGUAUACUUUUUCCAUUUGACUUACAUGGAAAUGUUAAGGCAUUUAAAAUAGAGCCAUUUUGUAUGUGAUCUUUCAACAAGAUAGAGUACUGAAAGGGGGAGAAUGUCACCGCUUUUCUUCUCAUUGUGCCAUAGAAGAGCUUUCUGGUAAUGUUUUAGGUUCCACAGUUUGCCAUGUUGCAAAAGAUGAACAAUGGAAAAUGUACUAACCCUACUUUCAUAGAACCCAUAGCUAAGGAUUAUCUUUUAUUCCAAGCCAUCCACUCACCAUAUGCUCUUUAGCAAGUCUCAAUUGGCACCUGGGUCCAUAUCUAGCAGGUUAGACUUGCUGCGCUGUGAUGAUCUGGCACUGUAGCACUGUUCUCUGAAUCUCAUUAAAGUUGUCUAAGAGCAGCAAGAUCAUUAGUGCAACUCUUUGUCCUGAUACUCCAUUCUGAAUGCACAAGAACCCUCUGCUUUAGCAUGAUAUAUAUCAAUACUGUCUGCAUUGCACUGAGAUGAAGGAGGAAGGCAGUUCUGCUUUCACGUUAACAUUGAUAUUUUUUCUGGGCAUUCUCAUCUUUCAAGGGAGAACCAGGUGUCGAGGUGAAAAUCUUAGCUAAGGCAGCAAAGGAUUUUUCAGUCUCACGCACCUUUCCUGGCAUCCCACAGUGUAGAGCAAGUGCUUCCUGUUGACUCUGCCUCUAAUUUGCACACCUAAAAAUAGCAGAAAAGAGUUCAGUUAAGAUUGAUUAAAAAAAAAAACAAAUUUGGAGGGAAUAAUUGGGUGGAGAGGGGAUAUUUAAUUUAAAUCAUGAAGAGUUUACCCCAUCUCCCUCAGAUUCUACAUGUGUAUAUAUACAGUGUUUAGAGGGAAUCAGAAAAAAAAUGCCAAGCUUUUUUUUUCCUCUUUGAAUGUGCUGUCUAUUUUUAUAACUGAACUUGUACAUAUGUAUAAAAAGAGACACAUCUUUCUUUUACUAACUGGAGAAAUGAAUCUUAAAUAAAAUGGAGUGAGAUAAUUUUAUGUAAA